CAGCGGGACGUCCACGGGAAAAAACCUUCUCCCAAAUGUCACAUUUCCAAGUCAGAUGAGUCCUUUGUCCGCCGCUCACGUCACGUCAUUGUGGGGGAACGACCGGUUACAGAAGGGACGUUACGAUCCUGCUGGAUAGAGAAACACAAAAGACGGGCGGGUAUAAAACCCGCGAGCGUCCCUACCCGCGCUAGUACAGAACCUAACCCGCGUCAAGACAGGACAGCACGACACUCUACUUACGUACGGAACUUCUCAAGACUAAUUCUUACGACGGCGUGCUCAACUCGUUCUUAAGCUUCCUGCAAGAUCACCUGCAACGUGUUCUCCCAACGACGUAGCUGUGCGACUCCUUAAGGACUACUUGUUGACUUUUUAGUAAUUUUCCUGAGACGAAGAUGAACGUGACGUCAGUAGCGGUCCUUCUUCUCGCCGUCCUCGGUGUGCCGGUGUCCUCCCGCCCGAGGAAGAGUAAGACCCGCCCCGGUGCGGAGCUGUCCAGGCCCGGGCCCGUCCCGCGGGCCGACGUGCACCCCAUCUUCGGGCUUGAGAUGGGGCAAGCCCGCCCGACCGUCGACCGCUGCACGGAGCGCUACGCCGACGGGGACGAGGACGGGCAGGGCCGCCGGUACACCCGGAGGGAGCUCCGCAGGAACGACCUGGCCAUGGUCAACGUGCAUGCCUGGUUCGACCUAGAAAACCACUUCGUCAUCUUCCGCGUCAGCAAGUGUCACGUGCUCAGCUUCCCGGUGUGUUACGUCACCACGACCCUUGACCUGGGCCGGGACGAGCUGACCCCUGAUGACGGCCAGUGGCGCGAACUCAUCGGCAUGUUCGAGCAAGGAAAGGGCCCAGCGGAGUACUUCCGCGGCUAUGACUACACCACGGGCAUGGCUUACCUGGCGAACCACCCGAAGGGCCACCAGAUGUGCGCGGGAACCCUGCUGGUCUACAUCUUCGACCUGAAGCGCGUCAUGGAGCACAUGGAGCUCAUGAAGAAGCACCCGCGGCUCCAGACGCUCUACAAGCCCCGCAAGUUCCACGCACCCACACCGUUCGAAGACGACGCCUUGCGGGCCUUCCUGAAAGAGCAGCGGUCCGAGAAGAAGAAGCGCUCGCUGAACCGGAAGUCGCGUCACGCCCGCCGCCGCAACGACCGGAAACACAGCAGGCGCGACGUCAUCAGGCACGGCGAUGACGUCAUCGUCAGCGUGGAUGACGUCAACGAGGGAACAGCGACGCAUGCGCAGGACGAGUUCUCCGGAGAGAUGGACUAUGACGUGUCUGCCUUUGCAGCUACUGACGACCAGUCGGAGGUUGCCCCUAGCAACCCGUCGCGUUGCGUGGAGACUCGCGACUGCCGCCGGUACUGCAGCCGGUGGGACGAGGGGCCGUUCUGGCGCUACUGCCUCAAGUUCCGCGUCACCUGCAAGUUCGUCUGCCACAAGCAGCACUGACGGGGCAACGCCACGCUGCUGACACGUGAACGACACGUGAAUAACUAGCUACAGACACGUGAUGAUCACCUGCAAGUUCGUCUGCCACAAGCAGCACUGUCCGGGGCAACGCCACGCUGCUGACACGUGAACGUCACGUGAAGAACUAGGCACAGGCACGUGAUUAUCACAUGACAAACCGGACAUUGCCAUUGGCAGAAAAUCACGUGACAGAUAGGGCUAAGUAACCUAAGUCGAAAGUUGAACUUUUUGAGUGCAAUCAGGAUCCAAAGUCGUUGCUAGAAGACGGAGAGAAAAUGUACAGAUAUUUUGACAAUCAGAAUGUACAGAAUUAUUUAUUGCGAUUCCACGGCGUUUCGCUGGGUGGCGCUGUAAAGCUAUUGCGUCCGUCGCACAACAACAAGCGGUUUCCACACCGUGCACUUGUACAUAAGAACCGAUUAUGUGUGUUUGACAUAGACGUUAUGAAUGUAAGAGUCCCUAUUUAUGUAUGUAAGUCCUUAUUUAUUUGUACCAUAGAGAUGAACAAUCGGCCAUGACGCCGUGCGACAAAGUUAAGUUAAAGCUGAGUUUCAAUCAUUUCCCAGACUGGAGUCUUGUCAGGAGAAUAAAGAUAUAAACUGAGCUGGCCGUGUCUUUGUCUCUUCAUCAGUAACCAAUAGUUGAUCGCCAAUAAGAAAUAGCUCCUUGUGUCACUACAGACAUUAUUAUUAACAUCCAAUAGUUGAUCGCCAAUCCUUACCUCACUACUUAUAGUAAAUAACCAAUAGUCGCCAUCAUCAGUUCAGUCUAAAACUAUAUCUGAAGGGGUUGACUUCUCUUGGAAGACGUAAUGUCCCACCUUUUCCAAAAUUUGUGGGUUUUGGGAAGUUUUUUUGAUAGUUUUUCUUUGUCUGUAAGUUUAGAGAAAUUUGGAUAAAUUGUAGAAGAUUGAAUAGUCAACUCUACAAUGAUCAAGGACUUGUCUUUGCAAUGAACAGACCAGAAAGGCACUCAUCCUCGAAGUGGCCAUUUUUAUUACGCAAGCUGUACAAAAGUGAAGUUCAUUUGGACAGUGUUUUUGUAAUAUCCUUUGAAAAUAACGGCUAUGUGCUGAAACCUUCACAGAGCCCAACAUCAAUCCAACCACCUUUCUACAAUCCACUUCCAGAGCCUAAGAAUUUGGAGAUUCUUUAUUCAGACUUACUGAGAGAUUGUAUUGAGUGUGAAUGUUUGGAACUGUACUCUAUGAUCAGAGGGUAAUAUCCAAAUGAAUUACAUCGUACAAUUGAUUACUACAAUUGUAUAAGCAACUUCCUCACAUGAUUGCACCACCAGUCACUUUUUCGACCACCUAAGAAGUAUAAAUUUAAAGAUAUGAUGGCAAUGGUUUCUGAAAGGCUUUUAGUGUAAACCAUUCUUACUAAAUUCUGAGCGGUGCAGGUAAAACAUGUUUGUUGCAGGUAUGUAUAUUGUCAAUGUUACCUGCACCAGCACAGGUAUGCAAAUAAAAGUGUUUCGAGCCCUAAAUUAUAAUGCAUUAGUUUCUCCUGCUUCAGUUUAAAUCUGAAGUCCUGGAAAUUUACUGUACAUUAUUCAGCAGGAAUAAAAUGCCUUUGUGAAUAGUUUCAUCAUGUUGGUAAGUCACUGAAUAAAGAGACUCUUUUUACACAACCAAGACUUUUAUUCAGCCGACGUUUCGGUGAC